CUUGUAUGUUCAUUGCUGUUUGUGCUCAUGGAAAGUAGCACCAAUUCAAUUGCACCUACAAUGCCACUUGGUCUUGGCUCUGAGAAAAACCUUACUCAUUCACUCCACCAUCACAAACAUUCUCUACCUAAUGAUAAUCCUCACCAUCUCAUUCUUUCCUUCCAUUCCAUCAUCAUAAUCAUUGUUUCAGUCAUCUCUGUUGUCGUGUUAUUUGCUUUAGCACUAGUUAUACUAAUGCUCCGGAGACUUAAAUCCGGAAAAGGCCACGCCAGUUGCGAUGGCAUUAUCAACAAGAGCAGCAGUAGUAGGUUCAUUGCUCAUACCACUAUCAACGUAGCCUCCAGUCCAGAUGUGAAGGGCGGGUGUCUAUAUGGAGGCCAUUUAAAAAGUACAGCUUCAAAUAGAUAUAAAGGAGUACAAGUUUUCACAUACAAGGAGCUAGAAUUUGCAACUGAAAAAUUUAGUGAGGCGAAUGUGAUAAGCAAUGGAAGGUUUGGAGCUGUGUAUAAAGGAGUGUUGAGUGAUGGCACUUUGGCUGCAAUUAAGAGGUUGCUUAGAGAAGGAAAGCAAGGGGAGCAUGCAUUUAGAAUGGAGGUUGAUUUGCUGAGCCGCUUGCAUUCUCCUUAUUUGGUGGAGCUACUAGGCUAUUGUGCUGACCAAGAUCAUAGACUCCUAAUUUCUGAGUUCAUGUCUAAUGGUACUCUGGAACAACAUAUACACCCCUCCAGCAAUCAAUAUCAGCCAUUGGAUUGGGGGACUCGAUUGAUGAUAGCCCUUGAUUGUGCUAAAGCCCUGGAGUUCCUCCAUGAGCAAGUGAUACCAUCCAUCAUCCACCGUGACUUCAAGUGCUCCAAUGUUCUCCUAGAUCAAAAUUUCCGUGCCAAGGUGACAGAUUUUGGAUUGGCCAAGAUGGGCUCAGACAAGAUCAAUGGUCAGAUUUCAACGCGCAUCCUGGGGACCACUGGAUAUCUAGCUCCUGAGUAUGCUUCAACUGGGAAGCUUACUACAAAAUCAGAUGUGUACAGCUAUGGCGUGGUUCUUCUAGAGCUCUUAACAGGACGUGUACCCAUAGAUACCAAUAGGCCCCCUGGAGAACAUGUUCUUGUUUCAUGGGCUCUUCCAAGGUUAACUAACAGAGACAAAGUAGUAGAAAUGGUUGACCCCUCUCUAAAGGGCCAAUAUUCAAAGAAGGAUCUGAUUCAGAUAGCUGCCAUUGCAGCCAUGUGUGUGCAAGCAGAAGCAGAGUAUCGUCCUCUAAUGACAGACGUUGCACAGUCACUAAUCCCUCUAGUGAGGAACAAUUCCAUGGUCUCAUCUGGUUCCUCCAGAUUUCAGAAUCAAACGCCAAGUCCCAGGUUUUAGGUGCUCUCUGGAGUUUGCAAAGUUCCCCACACUGUUUCUGUCCAUCUCAUUAGAACAAAGAAAAGCAUCCUACAUUGUCUCGGCAAAGAAUAAAACUGUUGUCCCAAAUAAGUUGAGCCAGCUUUGCAAUAUUCUCUGUUUCUCUACAAUUCCCAGCAAUUGUUUAGGAACAAAUUGGAUAGAAGGUAGUUUUUAUACAUUCAAGCAGGCCAAAAUGGCCCUUUCUUGUGCUGCAAAUCUUGCUGGCAAUGCAAAACUAGUCAUGCCGCGUGCCAUGUAUAUCGAAACUGAUGGUAA